AGUUAACGACAACUAAAAACAAGAAGCGCCACUAGGCGUGCUCAAAGUACGCCAACUAAACCUUAUAUUCAAUAAGGAUGGUUUUCUAAAAGUCAAAACUAACGAUAAUAAUAAUGCGAGUGGAUUCACCGACGGGACAUCAAUUUUAAGAGUAUAUUUCGCAGGAUAAUUUGUGAUGGCUACUACUGAGAUGGAAUCUGGUUCUUUGGGAAGCAAACCAGAACACGUGACCGUUCACCAUGACCCAAAGAACCCAGUGAAGGUCCUUUACUGUGGAGUGUGCUCUCUGCCUACGGAGUACUGUGAGUACAUGCCUGAGCCAGCCAAGUGUAGGCAAUGGCUUGAGAAGAACUUUCCAGAUGUGUUUGCCAGGAUGACUGUCGGUCCGGCAGCGAAUGCACCCAAUCAGGACCUCGGCUCUGGAGAAGCUCCCCCUGCAGGCGAGGAGGAGGAGAAGAAGAAACAGAAGAGAGGUGGGAGAGGACAGAUCAAACAGAAAAAGAAGACUCUUCCUCAGAAAAUCACAAUAGCAAAAAUCCCAAGAGCCAAGAAAAAAUACGUGACCAGAGUGUGCGGCAUGGCAACAUUUGACAUAGAACUCAAAGAGGCUCAGCGGUUCUUCGCCCAGAAGUUCUCUUGCGGCGCCUCUGUGACAGCGGAGGACGAAAUAAUCAUUCAGGGAGAUUUUACAGACGACAUCAUCGACGUCAUCCAGGAGAAGUGGCCCGAGGUGGACGAUGACAGCAUUGAUGAUCUGGGUGAAGUCAAGAAGUGAAGACCAAAUAUGCACUUUUACUGAAACGGAUGUGACCUGUAACGACGACAACAACCUGGCCAAAUGUACACAUUAAGUCAUUUUAUACCUAUUUUAUUUACUGUUCAUAAAAAGCUGCGGACUUGGCCACUCACUUGGCUUCUUUUCUUCUUUUCUCUUUUUUUUUUUUUUUGUUUUUUAGUUAUUAAUAGCUGCUUUCUCUCGUUCGCCAAAGGUGUGGUAUGACGUGAAUCCCUCCCAAAUGUUCUUCACUCAAGCAAAAACUGUAGGCUAAUAAAUUUCAGUCUCCUUCGCC